CAUCCGCCCAAUCCGCUGCGAGAUCUCUUGUGUCGUGCCGGGCCUCCUUUUCUUCCUUUUCCCCCUUUCGCUUGGCACAAAGUUUCCUUUCUUUCUUCCAAUCCUCCGAGCUCACUACCCGACAUUCGUUGUCAUUCCCGUCGGCUCUUGCCUUCGAUUUUUUUUAUAUCGUGUUUUCUGUAUUGCCGUCCACCCACGUAUCCAGUCAAUCGCUAUCUGGUGCGUUUGAGGAGAAAGUGCGAGAGGGUGCGGUUUCGUGCGAAUAAGCCGUGCUCUGGACUGUGACGCACGAGUCAACGUUGGGAGUCGCUCGCCCUUAGAAACCGUUUCCUGCCCAUCCCAUAGAAACCGUUUCCUGCCCAUCCCAUCUUUCCUCCUGCUCCUGUUACCGCCCACACCCGCCCUGCCGACACGGACGACACGCGCGCUGUGCAGUAGUGGAAAGAAGAAGGCCCGACGCCUGCAGUCAAUCGCUCCGACAGACGAUCCCCUCUACUCUUUCCGCGCAACAAUCUUGCAAUCGAGGAAGCUGGUGGACAGGUGCAACCCUCUCAUUUGCCACCCCUCGGCCACUCUCUUGACGCGUGUGGCUUGCAGGCUGGAAUUGCUUGGCUCCCUCCAGCACCCGAACACGGCUCUGGCACAGCCCACGCCAUCUCCAAGCCAACACGAAGGCUGUUCUUGAUUUGCUCGCCGCGUUCCGCCGCUCUCUCGCAGCAACACAACAUCAUCUACCCGACUAAUUUCGCCUCAAGGCACGACGAACACAACCACACUCGCUCCCAUCACUGCUGUGGCCGGCCACACUUAAUCCAGCAGUCGCUCAUCAUCUCUCCCUCGGCAUUGCUUUGCCCAGGAUAAUCGUCGCCAUUCUGCUUCUGUCUUUUUUGGACAGCAGCUCUAUCGGAUCCCAUCCAUGAGUUUAUGAUUGAUUGCAAGAAGACACCGGCUCGGGAUGACCAUUGCAGUUUCCAUGCUGCUUUCGCACUGCUAACCCACUGUCCCCAACCACAGACGACCUUUGCCCAUUAUGUCGGGGCCACAACGUCCCAACCGGAAUGACUACGAUGAUGGCUACGGCCGGAAUCAGGGGGGAGGCGGAGGAGACUACUACCAGGACGACCACUCGCAGCAGCAACAGUACUACGACAACGGCUACGAUAGCGGCCAAGGCGGCUAUGGUGGCCAGGGCGGUCAAGGUGGUCAAGGUGGCCAGGGUGGCCAAGGUGGCCAAGGUGGCCAAGGUGGCCAAGGUGGCCAAGGCGGCAGGAAUGGGGAUGGAUACUACGAUGAAUCGGGCUACUACAACGCCGAUCCAAACAAUCCCUACCAGCAAGACGGCGGGUACUACGACAAUAAUGAUCAGUACCAAGACGAUUACUACAACAACAACAACAACGGCGCCUACUACGACCAGGGAUACGACCAGGGCUAUAACAAUCCCAACGGUCGGCGCGGUCAGGGUUCCGAGGAUGAUUCAGAGACCUUCAGCGAUUUCACUACCGGCGGCCCCGGCGGUGACUACUACGGUGGCGGUGACCCGCGGUACAACAGCUAUAAUGACGGCCAGGGUGGUGGUCGUGGUUACCGCCCGCCAUCGUCGCAGGUUUCAUACGGUGGAAACCGCUCGUCCGGAGCGUCAACCCCCAACUAUGGCAUGGACUACGGUGCCGCGGCCGCUCAGAGGUCGCGCGAACCGUACCCGGCGUGGACUUCAGAUGCGCAGAUCCCACUUUCCAAGGAAGAGGUCGAAGAUAUCUUCAUCGAUCUUUGUUCAAAGUUCGGGUUCCAGCGUGACAGCAUGCGCAACAUGUACGACCACCUGAUGACGCUGCUCGACUCGAGGGCAUCCCGCAUGACGCCCAACCAGGCCCUGCUCUCCCUUCACGCCGACUACAUUGGCGGAGACAAUGCCAACUACCGCAAGUGGUACUUCGCGGCACACCUUGAUCUGGACGACGCUGUCGGCUUCGCAAACGUCAAGGGCAAGGGCCUGAAGCGCAAAAACAAGAAGAAGAAGGGAGAUGAGGCACAAAACGAGGCCGACAUGCUCCAGGACCUCGAGGGAGACGACUCUCUCGAGGCAGCAGAGUACAGGUGGAAGACUAGGAUGAACCGCAUGUCUCAGCACGACCGCAUUCGCCAGUUGGCUCUCUAUCUGCUCUGCUGGGGUGAGGCGAAUCAGGUUCGCUUUAUGCCUGAGUGCCUGUGCUUCAUCUUCAAGUGCGCCGACGACUACCUCAACUCGCCUGCCUGCCAGAACCUGGUCGAACCAGUUGAGGAGCUCACGUUCCUCAACCAAGUCAUCACGCCACUGUACCAGUACUGUCGCGACCAGGGAUACGAGAUCGUCGAUGGAGUUUACGUUCGCCGUGAGAGGGACCACAACAGGAUCAUUGGCUACGACGACUGCAAUCAGCUUUUCUGGUACCCUGAGGGUAUCGAGCGCAUUGUACUGGAGGACAAGACCAAGCUCACCGAUGUUCCUCCCGCCGAGCGUUAUCUCAAGCUCAAGGAUGUCAACUGGAAGAAGUGCUUCUUUAAGACAUACAAGGAGACGCGUUCAUGGUUCCAUCUCAUCACAAACUUCAACCGCAUCUGGAUUAUCCACCUGACUAUGUGGUGGUACUUCACUGCCUUCAACUCGCCGACGCUCUUGGUCCCCAACUAUGAGCAAGAGGCGAACAACGUGCCGCCCAACUCCGUCAUGUGGUCCAUCUGCGGCCUUGGUGGUGGAAUUGCCUCCCUGAUCCAGAUUCUGGCUACCAUCUUCGAGUGGAUGUACGUCCCUCGGCGCUGGGCAGGCGCACAACACUUGACGAAACGCCUGUUCUUCCUUCUUGGUGUUUUCGUCCUCAACGUGGGCCCGGCCGUGUAUAUCUUCAUGCCGGCGAAGGACCUGCCGACAUUUGAGGCGCGCCAGAAGAGCCAAGUUGCCCUGAUUAUCUCGAUCGUGCACUUCUUCAUCUCCGUCAUCACCUUCAUCUUCUUCACUAUCAUGCCUCUCGGCGGUCUUUUCGGCAGCUACCUUACCAAAAACUCUCGCCGCUAUGUCGCCAGCCAGACCUUCACUGCCAGCUACCCCAGGCUCUCCGGCAACGACAUGGCUCUGUCUUAUCUCCUCUGGAUCAUCGUUUUUGGUGCUAAACUGGGAGAGUCUUACGGCUACCUCGCGCUCUCCUUCCGCGACCCUGUCCGGUACCUUCAGAUCAUGAACAUUGACUGUCGGGGCGACAAGCUGCUUCCGGUUGGCAUGCAGGAUCUGCUGUGCAAACUCCAGCCCAAGUUCCUGCUGUGCCUGAUGGGUUUCACUGAUCUCAUCUUCUUCUUCCUCGACACCUACUUGUGGUACGUCUUGGUCAACACGGCCGUCUCGGUCGCUCGCUCCUUCUACCUGGGCGCAUCCAUCUUGACCCCGUGGAGGAAUAUCUUCUCCCGACUGCCGAAGCGCAUCUACUCCAAGGUGCUGGCAACGACAGACAUGGAGAUCAAGUACAAGCCCAAGGUCCUCAUCUCCCAGAUCUGGAACGCUAUUGUCAUCUCCAUGUACCGCGAGCACCUGUUGGCCAUUGACCACGUCCAGAAGCUGUUGUACCACCAGGUCCCAUCCGAGCAGGAGGGCAAGCGGACACUGAGGGCUCCCACCUUCUUCGUUUCCCAGGAGGACCACUCGUUCAAGACAGAGUUCUUCCCUGCCCAGAGUGAGGCCGAGCGCCGCAUCUCCUUCUUUGCGCAGUCGCUUUCCAUCCCCAUUCCUGAGCCGCUCCCCGUCGACAACAUGCCGACCUUCACUGUCCUCAUUCCUCACUACAGUGAGAAGAUUUUGCUGUCGCUCCGCGAGAUCAUUCGCGAGGAUGAGCCAUACUCGCGCGUCACUCUUCUCGAGUAUCUGAAGCAGCUCUACCCCCAUGAGUGGGACUGCUUUGUGAAGGACACCAAGAUUCUGGCCGAUGAGACGUCGCAGUUUAACGGCGAUGGUGAAAAGGACGAGAAGGAUACGGCCAAGAGCAAGAUUGACGAUCUCCCAUUCUACUGCAUCGGUUUCAAGUCCUCUGCUCCCGAGUACACUCUCAGGACUCGCAUCUGGUCUUCGCUUCGCUCUCAGACUCUGUACCGCACCAUCUCUGGUUUCAUGAACUACAGCCGCGCCAUCAAGCUUCUCUACCGUGUCGAGAACCCCGAGGUCGUCCAGAUGUUUGGAGGCAACUCUGAGAAGCUGGAGCGUGAGCUCGAGCGCAUGGCCCGCCGGAAGUUCAAGAUUUGCGUCUCGAUGCAGCGUUUUGCCAAGUUCAAGAAGGAGGAGAUGGAGAACGCUGAAUUCCUGCUUCGUGCGUACCCUGAUCUCCAGAUCGCCUACCUGGAUGAGGAAGCUCCUCUGAACGAGGGCGACGAGCCUCGUAUCUACUCGGCACUUAUCGAUGGCCACUCUGAAAUCAUGGAGAACGGUGUCCGCCGUCCCAAGUUCCGUGUCCAGCUCUCCGGCAACCCCAUUCUCGGCGACGGCAAAUCCGACAACCAGAACCACUCCAUCAUCUUCUACCGAGGCGAAUACAUUCAGCUCAUCGACGCAAACCAGGACAACUACCUCGAAGAGUGUCUCAAGAUCCGCAGCGUGCUCGCCGAGUUUGAGGAGAUGAAGAUCGAUAACGCAUCGCCCUACACGCCUGGGGUUAAGAACGUUGCCAAGGCUCCUGUCGCCAUUCUGGGUGCGCGCGAGUACAUCUUCUCGGAGAACAUCGGCAUUCUCGGUGACGUCGCCGCUGGCAAGGAGCAGACGUUCGGUACCCUGUUCGCUCGUACCCUGGCUCAGAUUGGUGGCAAGCUUCACUAUGGUCACCCCGAUUUCCUCAACGGCAUUUUCAUGACCACGCGCGGCGGUGUUUCCAAGGCUCAAAAAGGUCUGCAUCUCAACGAGGAUAUUUACGCCGGAAUGAACGCCGUGUUGCGCGGUGGUCGCAUCAAGCACUGCGAGUACUACCAGUGUGGCAAGGGUCGUGAUCUCGGAUUUGGCUCCAUUCUCAACUUCACCACCAAGAUCGGCACUGGUAUGGGAGAACAGAUGCUCUCCCGCGAGUACUACUACCUCGGCACGCAGCUUCCUCUGGAUCGAUUUCUGUCCUUCUACUACGCUCACCCCGGCUUCCAUGUGAACAACAUUUUCAUCAUGUUGUCCAUUCAGAUGUUUAUCAUCUCGCUGCUCAACAUAGGAGCCUUGAAGCACGAGACCAUUCCUUGCAACUACAACCGGAGCGUUCCCAUCACCGACGAGAUGUUCCCCACCGGCUGCCAAAAUACCGAGGCUCUCACGGACUGGGUUUUCAGGAGUGUUCUGUCCAUCAUCUUCGUGCUUCUUCUGUCCUACGUCCCACUGGUCGUGCAGGAGCUGUUCGAGCGUGGUGUCUCUCGCGCCGCCUUCCGUCUAGCCAAGCAGAUCUGCUCUCUGUCUCCUCUCUUUGAGGUGUUCGUCUGCCAAAUCUAUGCCAACGCUGUCCACAACAACUUGUCGUUCGGUGGCGCUCGCUACAUUGGUACCGGUCGUGGUUUCGCCACGGCCCGUAUCCCCUUCGGCGUUCUCUACUCUCGCUUUGCCGCGCCGUCCAUCUACUUUGGCGCCCGCCUUUUGUUGAUGCUGUUGUUUGCGACCGUCACCAUCUUCCAGGGCGCUCUGGUCUACUUUUGGAUCACGCUGCUUGCGUUGGUCAUCUCGCCCUUUCUCUACAACCCUCACCAGUUUGCCUGGAACGACUUCUUCAUCGACUACCGUGACUACCUGCGUUGGCUCUCGCGUGGCAACUCUCGGUCUCACGCCUCCUCCUGGAUCGCCUACUGCCGUUUGUCCAGGACUCGCCUCACCGGAUACAAGCGCAAGGCGGUUGGAGACCCAACGGCCAAGCUUUCCGCCGAUGUGCCUCGUGCCUCGUUCACCAAUGUCUUCUUCAGCGAAAUCGUCUCACCCUUCCUCCUGGUCGUUGUUACUCUCGUUCCGUUCCUGUACAUGAACGCUCAGACUGGCGUUCUUCAAGAUCGGAACCCUGGCCUCAACAUUCAACCGACCGGUGCCCUCCUGAGAAUUGGUGUCAUAGCGCUGGCACCUAUCGGGGUCAACGCCGUCGUGCUCCUUAUCAUGUUCUUCAUGGCCUGUUUUAUGGGCCCUCUGUUGAGCAUGUGCUGCAAGAAGUUUGGUAGCGUCCUUGCCGCCAUCGCGCACGCUCUGGCAGUGAUCAUGCUGCUUGUCUUCACCGAAGUGCUCUUCGUCCUCGAGAGGUUCAGCUUCGCUCGGACGCUCUCGGGCAUGAUCGCCGUGGUGGCUAUCCAGAGGUUCCUUCUCAAGCUGAUCGUGUGCCUGGGUCUUACACGAGAGUUCAAGGGAGAUCAGGCCAACAUCGCCUUCUGGACUGGAAAGUGGUACUCUAUGGGAUGGCAUACAAUUUCACAGCCUGCACGAGAGUUCCUGUGCAAGAUUACGGAGCUGAGCUUCUUUGCUUCCGACUUCAUUCUUGGACACGUUCUUCUCUUCCUCAUGCUUCCCGUCAUCCUCAUUCCCCAGAUCGACAAGCUGCACUCGACCAUGCUCUUCUGGCUCCGCCCUAGCCGUCAAAUUCGCCCGCCUAUCUACUCCAUGAAGCAGUCGAAGCUGAGGCAACGCCGUGUCGUUCGCUACGCUAUCCUUUAUUUCGGGUUGCUUGUCGUGUUCGUCGCUAUGAUCGGCGGACCCGUAUUCCUUGGGGGCCAAUCCAACCUCGUGACUUCUAUUACGAAGCCUAUCGAGGGUAUCUCACCCAUCAGGCAAUUCGGUCUUUUCCAGUCCAGUGUCAUCAGCAACAACAACACGAACGAAACCACAGCCACGGGCACCGGGGCUCCAAACUACUCGGGAGUUCGCAAGACCACGGCGUCGGCUGGAGCCACCGGGGUCGCUGCUAGGAGCGUCGUUCUUAUUUGAGUCUUUCAAGUCGCUUCCCUUGCUGGGCUUGUUUGUUUCUAGACUUGCGCCGCUCCCCUCGCCAGCACAUAAUCUGUAUCUCUCGUUGGGGAAGGUUGGUGGCAGUUAGCAAUGCCUCUUUAUACAAGCGCCUGUAUACGGCACGAGACUGGGAGAGGUUCAGUGACUUUGAUUUCUAUUUCAGACUCCUGAGCUCAAGCCCAAGCACUCUAAUCUUCCUGUUCUCUCAUUCUCCACCCUUAUUCCACUUUUUCUGGCUUUGCGCCUUUGUUGUCCUCGUCUUAGCAUUGCAACUCGGUGGUCGGCGGUAUGGUAAACAGAAACAUGCUUUUGUCUAGAUUUCAAUACGCUCGCAUAUUUGCUAUUCUUAGGACACCUCGUUUUGAUUCUCUACAUGCUUAAGUAGCUGCUCGUAAUCCCAUUGAACAGUAUGUCGCCUUCGUAAAAUUUGCUAUAGUGGUUUAGGCGCAGGUUUGACAUUUCGCGAUCAGCUCCCGAAGAAUGAUGAAAUUCCGCCUUCACAGAA